GUUGUUGUAGUUCCUUGCCAAGAUGGCGGCCUCCGCAGCUGACAUGUUUUCGUUUUGCAUGGAUCCCGGCAAAGUUGCCUUGGGUGUGGAAGUGAGAUUUAUCGACAACGUCAAGGGGAAAGGUCUGUUUGCUAAAAGAAGAAUCAAGAAGGGAGAAGUCAUUUUUAUUGAGCGCCCACUUGUCUGUGCACAAUUCCUGUGGAAUGCCUUGUAUAAAUAUAAAGCAUGCGAGUACUGCUUACGGGCUCUAGAGACUGCGGAAGAAAAUGCCCGGCGACUCGCAGGCAAUCCAGCGCUCAGCCUUCCUUAUCCGGAACUCUGUCCUGUCCAAGCGCAACUCCACACAGUCUGCCCACAGUGCCAGGUGAUGUACUGCAGCGCUGAGUGUCGCCAAGCUGCUGCGGAUCAGUACCACCGAGCGCUGUGUCUCGGGCCGUCCCAUGAAGAUCCUGACCACCCUGUCAAUAAGCUCAAAGACGCCUGGAGGAGCAUGCACUAUCCUCCAGAGACUUCAAGUAUUAUGCUUAUGGGCAGAAUGGUCGCGACUGUUAAACAAGCCAAAGACAAAGCUCAUUGGCAGAAGCUCUUCUCGCACUUCUGUAGCCGCACGGCCAAUGAGGAAGAAGAACUAGCUCACAAGCUCCUGGGUGACAAGUUCAGGGGUCAGCUUGUGGUGCUACAGGAUCUUUUCAAAGAAGCGCUUUAUUAUGAUCAUUUGAGUCGGUGGUUCCUUCCUGAGGGCUUCCGUUCUCUCUUCGCUCUUGUUGGAACUAACGGACAAGGCAUAGGCACAAGCUCUCUCAGUCAGUGGGUUCACGCCUGCGACGCAGUGGAGCUUCCCUCCCAGCAGAGAGCGCAGUUGGACUCCUUUAUCGACCAGCUGUACAAAGAUAUUGAACGAGAAACGGGAGACUUUCUAAAUGUCGAAGGAUCAGGCCUCUUUGUGCUUCAAAGUUCAUGCAAUCAUAGCUGCGUGCCCAAUGCAGAGGCUUCCUUUCCUGACAACAACUUCCUGCUUCACCUCAGUGCCCUCAGCGACAUUGAGGCAGGCCAGGAGAUCUGCAUCAGUUACUUGGACUGUUGUCAACGGGACAGAAGUCGUCACAGCAGACACAAAAUUCUAAGAGAGAACUACAUGUUCAUCUGCUCGUGUAUCAAGUGCACCUCCCAGACCGACGAUCCAAACAUGACUUCAGAGGAGGAAGAGGAUGAUGAAGCAGAAGCAGAAGGUGAAACAGAGGGUGACGACAUGGAAGAUGAGAUGACUGAUGUGUGAUUUAAAAAAAAAAAAAAAAAAAAAAAAACGUGAGAGACCACAUUGUCAACAGCCUUUUGAUGUCCAUCCACAUUUAUCUUGCUGGACAAUGCACACAACAAUAAACAUUUCCUGUCUCGGAAUGAGUACACUGUGGAGCUUACAAACAAAAUGGUGGCUGCCACUCAUUUCUUGGUGAAAGAAUCGUCUCAUCGCUAUGAGCACUUUGUCAAACUAUCAGUCUUUGUAAUAUCUCAUUCUGAUGCUCCAAAGAAAGAUGAGGGCCACAUGGAAAACAUACUAUGGGCAAGAAAUUUGUAAUUAUAAGACCACAUGAAAUUGUUUUAUAUUUGAAGACAUUGCACAAAAUGUGUAUGACUUUCAGGAAUCAAGUUAUAGUGUAACAAGAAAAAUAAAAGGAAGCAAGUCCCAUUAAAAAAGUGCUGAUAAGACUACUGUUGUUUCAUCUCAUAAAAUCAUUUUACUUGGAAUUUUUAUUUUCUACAAAAAUCUGGAAAAAGUUGAUACAGAAUAAAAUGUCCAUAAAAUAUAUACAGUGCCUUGCAAAAGUAUUCGGCCCCCUUGAAUCUUGCAACCUUUCGCCACAUUUCAGGCUUCAAACAUGAAG